GUCGGUGCUUCUUAGUGAAUUCGACCUUCAAUUCAUCUUUGUAUUCUUGUUUCUUCCUUUCAACUAUUAUGACUGCUUCACCAUUCAUACCAAUCGCUAUUUAUCCCCUAGGCUUUUAUCCUUUGGGCUAGAAUUGAACAAGAUGGUUCCAGUCGCAUAUAUCUUUCCCGCAACUGAAGACGAACCUGAAUGUGAGCGACAUUCGUCGGCCUGGGACUAUACCUGACCGCUCCCGCCUGGCCACUUCUUCAAUUAUAUCCUAUUAUACCUCUUCUUUAUUUGCAUACCUAUAGAGACAUCUACUGCAUACUCGGAGCCUUCCCACCUCGUGCACAUCUCCAUGAUGAACACUAGACAUCCCAUUAACCAAGCCUUAGGCCCGGUAGUCAACAAUGUCUUAUUCAAUGACACCUGGGAGGUCUUCACAGCCGCCCUGGAGGAUGGAUAUCGCAUGUACGAGACCAAGACAUGCGAGAACCUCGCCGACGUCGAAUUCGAUGGCGGACUUGGACAUGUCCGGCUCCUCAGGCGCACCCAAUAUAUAAUACUGGUUGGAGGUGGAAAGAACCCGCAAUUUCCUCCGAACCGAAUCCAAGUCAUCAACAAUAUUACAGGAAAGAUCUUCCUCUUUAUGGAGUUCGGCGCAACCGUUCUCGGCGUUCGAUUGUCAGGAGAGUACUUGGUGGUCAUAUUCGAGGGCGGCAUGACUCUCUACACGUUUAAAGAUCGCCCAGAACUCCUGCAAUCUUUGGACACGGCGAGUAAUCCUUUGGGGUUAUGCUGCCUUGGCAAGCGGCUCUACGCGUUCCCUGCAAGCACUUCUGGCCAAAUCCGUCUUGUCGAUCUCAAAACACGCAAUGUUAGCAUCAUCCCCGCCCACAACAGCGCCCUCCAGGCCAUCAGCUUGAGCAACGACGAGGAGAUCUUGGUGUCGGCUAGCAAAACUGGCACCCUCAUCCGCGUGUGGUCGACUUCGAACUGCAGCAAGCUCGCGGAACUCCGUCGCGGAGUGGAGUAUUCCACCAUCUUCUCCCUGGCCAUUUCUCCGUCAAACAAGUACCUUGCGGUGACCUCGGACAAGUCGACCUUGCACAUCUUCGAUCUGGAGGAGGUCCUCAGCCCAGGAGCGAAUACUGAAGCUGUUCGACAACGAUCGGGAUCGGCUACCAAACGUCCUUCAGAAACGCAACAGAAAUACGGGCUUCUGGCACAGAUACCCGGGAUGCCACGGCUUUUUUCGGACCACUAUUCCUUUGCAACCGCGCAUUUCGAAAGCGUGGAUGAGGAAGAGGAGUUCGUGGGUGCCAUGAAAAACAAGCGGGAAUGGUGCGGACCUGGAAUCAAACCGGUCAAAGGACUCAUUGGAUGGACGACCGAUGAGGAUCUGCACGUGGUUGGCGCCGGGUUUGAUGCUCGAUGGGAGAAGUACGCCAUUAGAGUAGGCGCGGAGAAUAAGCGCACUUGUGUUCGGCUUGGCUGGAGGAGGUACAUGGACUUGUAA